AUGAAGGUACCUGGAGAAAUAGAGUCUGAGAUUGCUGAAGCUGGUGGUGCUGACAAAUUCUUAAGAAAAUUAUUUUCGUACCGCCACCCAGGACCUUUAAUGUUGCCCAAACGACAAGCCUUCAAUAAUGUGCCUCCUUAUCCGAAUUGGUUGUACGGAGAAGAUGUUGCUUACUACCGGGACAAAUUUACACAUACCAGCUUCACUGGAGGAUUGAACUAUUAUCGUGCUAUAAAUCUAAAUUGGGAACUCAUGGCACCAUGGACAGGAGCUCAUGUAAACGUACCAGUGAAGUUCAUUGUUGGAGAAUUGGAUCUGGCUUACCUUAAGCCUGGAGUCAAGGAAUAUGUUCAAGGCGGGGGGAUGAAAAACAAUGUGUCACUUCUGCAGGAUGUGGUCAUACUUGAAGGAGUUGCCCAUUUUCUACAGCAAGAGAAGCCUGAUUUGAUAUCUAUUCGAAAAUUUUAA